CCAUCUCCUAUUCAUUUAGUAAGUUAAUGUCAAACAUGACAGGCGAAAAAAGUGAAAACGGAUUAUCUACACAGUUAACGGAGAAACCUGUGGAUGAAAAAAUUAAACGGAAGAAAAGUAAAAGAUGUCGUCGACGGGUCUCCCAAUUAUUACAUACCCACAUUGCUCUUAUAACUGUGUGCGUACUCAGCGCAUUAGAUGCUUCAUGUGUCCUUGGUCAGAUCAUCUGUGAUAUACUCAUAAUGACAGAAAAAAUUCACAAUAGCGAAGUAUUAGAAACGGAAGCAGCAACAACAUUUAUCAGCGCAUGCCCAGCUUUAAAUGGGACAGACACAACCAAAUCGCUAACAUCAAUUGUAAACAUUUUAAAAACUAUUGAUGACUGUAAUAGUUCUCCACCUGGUCAUUUCAAUGGCCAUCAUUAUGAUAUUCAUAGUAAUACUCAUGGUUUAAGGGAUGCUGAAAGAGAGCCUAAACAGUGGAACAGAAUUUUGACGAAAGAUUCAGACUCAUUCUUAAAACGGAGGAUUUUAAGUAUGACCGCGCAACAUCGGCGUGUUAAGAGAGCAUCAGCAGGAGGAGAUGAUCAUGACCACCACGAACACACACUCUUGGAGGAACUUACACACGUGUUUCAUUUAGGGAGUAUGGUUAUUCUUUCAAUACUAGUGGUUGAGACUUUCACCAAAAUGUUUGUAAUGGGAGAGAAAUUUUUACACCACAGAUUAGAAGUGUUUGACGCCUUUGUUGUGACAGUCUCCUGGUGUUUAGAUAUUGCAUUUUAUGAUGGUAUCUGGGCUAAACCUGGAACAGAAGCAGCUACAAUACUUAUAUUUAUCUUACCAUGGAGAGUCAUCAGGAUUGUCAAUAGCUUUGUAUUAGUUAUACAAGAAAAAGAUUUGGUACAACUUAAAAUAGUAAAACAGCAAUACAGACGAACAGUGAAAAGAGCUAACGAAAUGAAGAUUAAAACAGAUGGUUAUAGGACAGAAACAAGACAGCUACAAGGAUUGUGUCGGAAACACGGAGCAAAUGAAACAGAGAUACAGGCAUGUGCUCCAUUUGGAAAAAAAAGGAAAACAAGUUCAGUUUUCUCAGCAAUGAACAGUUUUGCGUCAUUAGCUAUGAUUGGAGCAGUAUCAAGUGUACCUGAUUUGCAUGUGGCGCGCGAGAGUUCUGAUGAAGAGGAAGAAGACAUUGGGUUAGAUAACUCAGAACUGGAAAAGAAGGCAGACCAUAUUCUACGUUCAGUUUCAGUCGAUAGCGGCAUGUCGACUGCUAUUAAUUCGCCAGUAACAUUUUCUUUAUCUCCUGAUCCUACGGAAGAUAUGUCAAAUGGAAUUGUGUUUAAUUUUGACGAAGCCAUCACCACUAAGGAUUUAAAGACGGGAAUUCAUACAAAGCUGUAAAAGUGCAAAGAAGAUGUUUAUGUUCAUUUCCUCGCUCAAAGGCUGAAACUUGGAUAAAAAUAAUAAAAGAAGAUAUAUGUGUCACUAUUCUUUGACAAGUUCAAUCUUAUAAUUAUAUGCAUUGAAGAAAAUUCCAAACAGAUUUGUAAUUGUAAGAAUUAUAUGUAUACAUAUAUGUAUUGACUAUUUGAUAUUUGUGUAGCAUGUUACAAGUGCAUGAGAAAUGUACAAGGAAAUGAAAACACUUCCAGUUCAGUUGCACUCAUUAGAAAAAUAACCAGCAAAUUCCAUAACGAUAACUUAUUACAACAACUGUUUAUAAUAAUACGCAUCGUAAAUCAUGAUAUAUAUAUAUAACAAAAGCUUUGUUUUAAGUUUAAAGACGCCAAUGAUAUCAUAAUGAACUCAAAUGUUUCUUAUUGGUUUUUUUUCUAUACUUAGAGGACAAAUUGAAAUUACUCAACGCUUAUACGAAACUCUAAUUGCCUUCAGUGGUUAUAUUUUGGGUUUAUUAUUUGAAUAUUACAUCUAAGUUUUUAUUCUAAUCAGUAAUUAUUGUAUGUUUCAUUAGAAUAUGUGAUUUUGAUUGGGUUACAAUAAUUGUGAGGUACUUCAAUAUCAAAUGAUUAUUUCCGUAUAAAAUUCAACACCUAUGAUUGCACAUGUACAAUGGUAAAAGAAUGAAUAGAAAGGCAACCGAAACGCUAGAAAUAUUUUUGGUUUUAUGGUUGUAACAUAAAAAUGUAAUGAUAAGAAUGUAAUGCCUCUUCGAAAAUUUCAUUGAGUUGUUAAAACGUUGAUAAAGUGCACCUUUUAGAACAAUUCAAUGACGUUAAAAAUGAGCUGCAGUGAAAGCUGUGAUUUCCAAAUGAAAUUAUUAAAAUAGAAAAUUGUAUGAUACUUAUGAAGAUAUACGAACCUGGAUUUUUUGGAGUGAUUUCAGAAAGUUUGUCAAAAUACUCAUUUGUAUUCUUUUACCAAAAUUUAAACAUCAGAUCACGUUCCUCUUAAUAUUUAUUUUGAUGCAUGUAAUCAGAAGCAUCGCACUCGUGAUGAUCGAUAAGCAACAACUGCAUGAACAACUUGAUCAACAUAUAGUAUGUUACAGCCAGAACUUAUAAUGACUAAGUUUUUUGAAACGUCAUAUUUCACUUCUGUCAUGACAAUACAAUGCAUAUUUAGAAUAAAAGUCUCUGUUUCAUAUAUAAGUUAACCUGAUUGUACUAUUUGCAAGAUUUCAUAUUUCAACAUUUCUUGUUAACAUUAUCCCUUCGUUUCAAUGGGUUUCAGAGCUAGACUACGAAACUCGCCAACUCUAUUCGAUUUUUAACUAAACAAAAAUUAGAAAAUAUUAUUUUGAAAUAGUAUUUAUUAGCGCAAUUGUCCAGUUUCUCGCUUACCACCAUCGUUUUGAAAUACUGGUAUGUUUUUCUUUAGGCCAUUCAUACGUAAACAUAGAGAUAAAUAAAAAAAAAAAACAAGAAAAA